AUUAUACCAAUUUCACAUCCACUUAGGGUCGUGUUUCUGUUGUUUUAUUUUUUGAAUAUUUAUACACGUUUGUGGCUGUAUGUUGUUUUGCUAAAGUUUAAGUUUUUUGUUGAUUAUUGUAGGAAAACAGCUCAUAAUUUUAUAGCAUUUUAAUUGUUAGAAUUUUUUUGCCAAUUUUAAGAAGAUGUGGAGAUUAAAUGCAAUAUUGGUGCUCGGUUGUGCGCUGGUGCUCGUGCGCGCUCAGUUCCCACGAGUGUGCGUAACUCCAGAAGGUCUCAGGAGCGCGCAAUGUUGCCCGUCUCCAUCAAGUUUGGAGAAUGAUCCGUGCGGCGCAAACUCCGGGCGCGGGCAGUGCGUGGACGUGAGCGCGGAUGCGCGUGUGCACGGGCCGCAGUACCCGUACGACGGACGCGAUGACCGCGAGCGCUGGCCGUUGCGCUUUUUUACGCGCGCCUGUCGAUGUAACGGAAACUUCAGUGGGUUUGACUGCGGCCGCUGCAGACACGGACUCACCGGAGACGCGUGCGACCGACCCGUUCCCGUGGUCAGGAGGAAUGUGAUGCGGCUCAACGCAGAGGAGAAACGCGCUUUUGUGAAUGCGCUCAACCAGGCCAAGCAAACUCCUCAUCCGGACAUCGUGGUCGCGACCCGCCGUUACACCGAGAUUUUUGGACCUGACGGGAACACGGUUCAGUUCGAGAACAUCAGUAUUUAUAAUCUGUUCGUGUGGACUCAUUAUUAUUCGGUGAGUAAGACGUUCCUCGGUGCCGGACUGGACAGCUUCGGUGGCGUGGACUUCAGUCACGAGGGACCCGGGUUUGUCACGUGGCACCGGUACCAUUUACUGCAGCUGGAACGAGAUAUGCAGGAUAUGUUAGGAGAUCCCAGCUUUGCUUUGCCCUACUGGAACUUUGCCAUUGGAGGCAGUGAGUGUGAUAUCUGUACCGAUGAUCUGUUGGGAGCUCGCAGCACCUUUGACAUGAACUCCAUCAGCUCCAACUCCAUCUUCUCACAGUGGAGAGUCAUAUGUGAGAGUGUGGACGAGUAUGACACGCUAGGAACCAUCUGUAACAGUACGGAGACCAGUCCCAUCAGGAGAAAUCCCGCCGGUAACGUCGCUCGUCCGAUGGUGCAGCGACUGCCGGAUCCAGAGGAUGUGGAGGCGUGUUUGGAGCUGAACACGUUUGACACCCCACCCUUCUACUCAACUUCAUCUGACAGUUUCAGAAACACCAUUGAAGGUUACAGCGCUCCUCAGGGGAAUUAUGAUCCAGUGGUGCGUAGUCUGCAUAACCUGGCCCACCUGUUUCUUAACGGGACGGGUGGACAGACCCACCUGUCCCCCAAUGACCCUAUUUUCGUCCUGCUGCACACCUUCACUGAUGCCAUCUUCGACGAAUGGCUGCGCAGACACGGUGCAGAUUCGUCCGUCUACCCGCUGGAAAAUGCUCCCAUCGGCCAUAACAGAUUGUUUAACAUGGUCGCCUUCUGGCCACCUGUAACCAACGCAGAGAUGUUUGUCACAGCGCCUGAUAAUCUGGGUUACUCUUAUGAGGCGGAGUGGCCAGCUCUUCCUCUGACUCUGACUGAGAUGAUCACGGUUGGCGUGGUCGCCGCUCUUAUCCUUGUUGCAGUUAUAUUUGCGGCCACCACGUGUGCGGUCCGGUUACGAUCAUACAGGAUGGAGGGCCGUCAGCCGUUACUAGGAGAACACUAUCAGCGUUAUGAUGAUAAAACACAAUCUGUAGUAUAAACAAAUCACCUCAAGUUAUUUCUCUCAGUGUCAACUAUAUUUGAAGGGACAGACGAAAUUGUUUUACAGUAACUAAAUAAAUAUGUCAAACUUAUAA